AUGGACGGGUUACAUCUGCAGCCAGACAAUAAGAUGCAGAAGCUUUGCCCAGUACAAGUAUACAGUCUCCAACAACAACAACAACAACAACAACAACAACAACAACAACAACAGCAGCAGCAGCCAAGCAAGAGGAUCCAGAAGCCGAAGGAGGUGUGGGCGGGUCGCAGUGGCUGCCGUGGCGGCUCGCGUGUUGUGUUGCGGGCCACCAGUGGAGGAACUCGGACACGGACGGGUGUGCAGUACGAGGAGAGCCAGGAGGAAGGCGGCAUGGAGUCGGAAGGAGACGAGGGCCGAGAACAAGAGGAACUGGAGGUCGAGGACGGCGUGCAGAAGCGGGAGGAGGGGGGAGUAAGAGGUCGAGGAGGAGGAGGAGGAGGAGGAGGAGGAGGAGGAGGCGUCCACGACGACCACGUGCAGCCGCUCCAGCGCGCAGCCCGACUCUGGGUUCGAGCCGUCGCCUCGGCGGGAGCACGAGCAGCGGGGUACCACACGGAGCGGCGCGUCUUCCAGCAGCUGCUGGAGCUCCAGAGGCUCCAGAUCUGCGCGGGCCGCGCCAUCGAGCAGGUGCUCGUCAAGAGGCUCGUCGACGACUACUGCCGCGCCGGCCUCGUCGUCUGUCUCCAGGGCUUCCACGGACCCCUCAACUUCCGCGCCUUCGAGAAGUACCUCUACGGUAAGGAGGAGCAGCUGCCGAGCCUCGUCCGUGCGAAGCGCAGCGGUCUCACGCCACAGCCGAGAGAAGAAAGAGAGUUGCCGCACGGCUCAUAUAAUCCACACUACUGCAAGACGAGCUGCGCGCUGGAUUCGGCGGAGCGGCGGCUGGAGAAGCUGAGCGCCGAGCUCCACAACCUGCUGCCGGCGCUCUGCACGCACGGCGCCCACCGCUGCCGCCACGCCGCCCACGCCUACACCGGCGUGCCCUGCGCCGCCUCCAGUGAGUCCGUCCUCUCUCCGUCACAGCCGGCGACCAGUAGAGGGUGA